CAUUCAGCCCUCAUCUCUCUCGCUUUAUCACCUUUUGUCUACUCUUGUUUUCUUCUCUCUCUCUCUCUCUCUCUCAGAGUUUGCUGUGCUGGGCGAUGCUUGACCUAGCUAGCUAGCUAAUAUUUAUAUAUUAAUUCAUUGCAUCAACUUAAGCGUUCUGCCUCUCCACCAUAUCCAUCCCUAUACCGCCUCUGAAUUACAGAAGAUCAUCCAUCAGUAGCAUAUAUAUUAUUAAUCAAGAUAGUGGUUCUGGAGAGAUGGGCUCAAGUAAUAACAUGGGAAGUCAAUUUGGAGACACCACUUACACCAAGAUUUUUGUUGGGGGCUUAGCAUGGGAAACCCAAAAGGAUACCAUGAAGAAAUACUUUGAACAGUUUGGAGAUAUCUUGGAAGCUGUUGUUAUCAUUGACAAGAAUACUGGAAGAUCCAAAGGUUAUGGAUUUGUAACAUUUAAAGAAGCAGAAGCAGCGAGAAGAGCUUGUGUGGAUCCUGCGCCUGUGAUAGAUGGAAGAAGAACUAACUGUAAUCUUGCUUCUUUGGGUGUCCAAAGAUCUAAACCUUCCACCCCACAACAUGGGGGAAGCAGGAACUUUAGGGUGAUGAAAUCUUUUCACAGUAGUACAGGCUUUCAAGGCGGGGUUGGAACACCUUUUCCUUCUACGCCAACUCUUCCGCAUUAUGCCAUCCAACAAGGAAUCCCCUAUGCUCUCUAUGGGUACUCUCCAAACUACACAUGUCCCACGAGCUACUAUGGAGCAACAAACAGCCAUUAUGUUGUAUACGGGAGUUCAAAUUCUAGUUUCUACCCAUACCUUCAAUAUGGGGUAGGGUUAGAUUUGGUGUAUCCUCAACAUCAUUUCCAGUAUCCAAUUAUUGCUUCAUCUGGCGUUGCACAGCACUAUACCCCUCCUGUCUCCUUCAAUGCAAUCCCACACUCACAACCUCCUGCAGGUGCAAGCAUGAGCACAAGUUACCCUUCUCCUCAUCAGACAAACGCCCUUCGCCCCAUCAGCAGCAUUUGAUUACUUUUAUUACGUCAUUAUGCAAUAUUGCAUGCCUUCAUUUCCGAUAGCAAGAAAAUCAUCAUCCGCAUUUUCUCCCAUUUUUGGCUAAUCAUCAACCAAAAGAAUUCCAAUUUUAGAUUAGGUUUAUCAGCACUGCGUUAUAUAUACAUGUUAUAGCAAACAACUGACAUGUCGAAUUGAGAAACAGUAGAACACUGCAACUCACAUUCCUGAUCAAUAUCACCCAAAUGAAUAACCCAGAUGCUGGGUUAGGGUGUAACAACAUUCACUGGGCAUAAAGGGAAUACCCAGAGGCUGUUUUUGCUAACCUCAAGUCUACUCAUCUUCCCUUUUGGAAGGGGAAGAUAAUAAUUCUUUCAUAACUUGCAUUUUUGUUUAGUUGUAAAGUAUUAUUAUUCACUGUGGCUAAACCAUUGGAGGGUUAGCCCAAUUUUGACGGAUAGGCAAGAGCUAUUGUUUUUUUCAAACCUAGAGCUCCUGCAUGCCUUUGUGAAAAUCCCACUUACUAGUAGCUUAGGUUAGUUAACUUGUGUGUUUCUUUUCUUCCCUAAUUAAAACUCAUGAUGACCUGAGGAGAUAUUUUGGUCCUUGGGUUUGUCCAUCUAACUCAAAAGCCAUGGUUACGGCUCCAUCUCAUCAGCAACUCUUUCACUCUGUCAUUGAUAUGUCUUCAAUGAGAGAAACAUGCAUAUUUCAUUCAUUGUUAUUCCAAGUUCGGUUUGUAGUAUCUCUCUCUCUCUCUCUCUCUCUCUCUCUCUCUCUCUACUAGGCUGUGUUCUUAGAAACAAGAACUAUAUUUAUAACUUUUCGUUUGUGAUUUUGAAGUUUGGCUUGUAAUAAGUGGCCAUUCGCCGCGUAGUACUCUCUAUUUAUUUUCCUGUGACUUUUCUUGAAAGAGCACGCAUUAUAAUCAUUAAAAAUGACUCAUCCAACUAUGUUUUUCUGUUAA